UGUCAAAACUUUCAUAACUUUUGUGCCACUUUUUUUAUAACGAUCAUUUUAUAAUGUCCUAUUGUUGUUCGCAGUGCAGUUUUACAGCCCAGUUCGAGAGUGCGUUGAUUAUGCACCGUCAACUACACCACGAACAGCCGACAGAUUGGGAUUUCAAGCCUGGCAUAUCUAAUUUUCAGACUAAGUCGAAUACUGUGCCUCGUGCUGCAUGUUUGGAGAAAUCUUUGCCAACGAGUCCAGAAAAACAAGGAUUGAAAUUAGGAGGACGAACGUCAUCCGCGACCCGUUUGUUCGAGAAGCUGCGUGCGCGCAUCUGUCGCAGUAAGACAUUGUUUGCGCAUCCCGAGGAGGGCGAUCGCCACAACUUUGUCGGUGAUAUAAGUUUGACGAAGUGUUUGGAUUUAUCCGGACAAAGCGAAUGUACAUCGAAAGCUAUGAAAGAUCUGGGAUCAAGUGUGAGUGGGGUGAUCGAGCCACUGAGAGAGCAUAACGAGAUUUUUGCUUGUCACUUGUGCUCUUUUGAUGCUGAUCGGAUAACAGUGCUAGACCGGCAUCUCUUGAACGAUCAUAAAAUUGGCUUGGAUAAUCUUCUUAAACUAGUUAUGGAUAAAACGAAAGUGGGUCUCACAGAAGAUAAUACGGCACAAACUUACGGUAUAAGACAAUCAUAUUACAAAGCGCCAGACGAAAUUAUUGAAGAUGGCGAAUUUGUGAUAGAAACUGUUUCACCUAAAAUAAAAAUUUUGAAACAUACUGCAAGCAAUACAGACUUGAUUUGGACUGAUAUAUCCGUCACUAAAAGAAAUAAUAGAGACGCAUCAAAAGAUACCGAAAGUAUAAUUGAUACACCAGUAGAUGAGUGCGAUAAAGAUGUUCUGUUCGCGAAAAUGGAGACACUUAAUGAUUACAUGUCCAAAUUUGUCGAUUCAUCGAACAAUUUAAAAAAAGUACUAACGAAAGAACUCGAUCACAAAAAUUCAGGAAGUAAAUCCAAUGAUAAGCCCUAUUUCAAUUUAGGUUUGGGGGAUCAAGAUUCGCCGAGGGAUUGGGAACGAGCUCAUAGCGAAAAACUAGAGAGGAACCGAAACAAAUGCGACGAAAAUCGAGAUGGGAAGAUGAAAUUUUCUUCGGAGAGCUUUUACUUUUGACGUUAACA